AUGGAGGAAGAGAGCGAGGAUGUGCAGUACGCCACCGACAGCAGACAGCUCCGGAGUCAAACCUCAAAUCUCAAGAUUGAGGCCUGGCUAUCACCGCUGAGCGACCAUUUUCCCACCCCAAGAGGAUUCCACUUCCUCUCCGCGCCGAUCUUGCCGUCCUCCCCAUCAACCGUCUCGGCCGAUGAGAGCAGCUCGCCUUCGACGUCCUCGAACCCCUGGAAUAACAAUAGAUCAAGCGUAAUGACCGACGUCACCGAGUUUGACGACCUGUACGAUGUCACGGAUGAGGAUGAGCCCACUGAGUUGCGUCGAGUCCUGUCGCGCAAAGCGUCGGUGAGGAGACGCAACUCUGGUCGUAAUGAGGCGGCAAAGCAGACUGCAGCUGGUGCUCGCAGAGCCUUGCCCCCUUUGGUCAUCCCCGGCGGUCGAAACGCUUCAACAGAGGAUUGGUCUGCUGCCAGUCUCAAGAAGGCGCUCGCAUCACCAGUGCCUCCUACACCACCAACUCGUGUCGAGAUGUCCCCACAGGUCUUCUCGUUCAUGCAGGCGAAGCAGGCUCAAGAAGUGCCUACCAUUUCGGCCCCGCCAUCUCUCGAUGGGAGCUUGAGCUCAGAGCAGCUGGCCCAAAUGUCAGCCCCGCCAACCCCAAUCAUCGGCAGCGACAACGGCAAGGAGACAGACUGGUCCGGUGUGCGGCUUCAACCCGGCGCUCUGGCGACUCUGCACGCACUGUCUGGCGACAACGACAGCCUGCACGAGCACGACCAUGACCACCAGGAUCAGGUUCUUGAGAUUGCUCACGAACCCGUCCCUGAGAUGCGCCAACAACCUCUGCGUCUCUUGACUAAUAUCCUUGCCCAGCCCGCACGCGUGGCCGAGCUGACCCCUAGCUCCCACCGUCGGUCUCUUGCCGACCUCACCAAGCUCGAUAUUCCUUCUCCUGGUGGCUUCUUCUCCGGCCUCUCGCCCAGAACGAGAACGACAUGGCAUAUGCCAAUCAGAUCCCCCGAGGACAUGGUACCUCCCACGUCAACCACCGCAGAGCAAUUCUAUCGCUGCCCCUGGAACAUGGACGCCUCGGUGCCCCCAGUGCCAGCUGCGCCUGCCAGGCUCACCAUCAACGAUGCAGCAGAGCAGUUCUACCGCAUCUCGGCACCAUCUACCUCGGCGAUAGUUGAACAGGUGGUCGAGGUCCAUGACGAGGGGAUGGACGAGGAUGACAUGCCCACUGCCAGACCGACCGUUCCCACAAACACAUCGAGCUCGUCCGUGAUACUGGCCGAGCCUAUCUCCCCCGAGACUGAGGAUGCCCCGGACGAGAUUAUCACGGUCUACGACCCCGAGUAUGCGCGCAAGCAACAGGAGGUCGCCCUUUCCAACCUCGACCGGACCGAGCUUUGGCUCAUGGCUCAGCGCGCCUACCUGAAGCCCGUAGAGACCGAUCAGACCGAGGAAGAAGGCCGCAACCUCGACACAAUCCUCGAGACCGCCGACGAGGAAGCCGACAGCUUCCCUGAGCAGGAAAUCACUUUGGCCCCGAGGAAGAAGAUGGUUCGCUUCUCCGAUAUUAUUACCAAGACCGACAUCCCCCGCCGCCUGCCCUCCAAGCUCUCAAGGCAGGAGUCCGCCUACUACCGCGCCUUCCAGGACUACAUCAUCCGCUCGAGCAAGCAAGACGUCUUCGUGCACCAGCUCCCUCGAUUCGAGGUCCUCCAGGCCCAACGUGUCUGUCUGCGCGAGUUCCACCGGAAUCAGCUCCUCGGCAAAUACCAACUCAGCGUUGUGCCGCAAUCCGCCAAGAAGCGCCUCAGCGCCAACGUCGCCCGCGGAGACGAUGUCCUUGUCGACGACCCGGAGAAGCUGCGCCGCGAGAAGGAACACGAGGCCAUGUCCCAGAUGACCAUGCCGACCUGGCACGUGGCCGCCGUCAAGAUGCUCAACGGCGGCAAGCUUAUCGCGGCACCCGUCGCCCAGCGGCUCGGCCGCCUGUCCCGGAUGGCCCCCGGCCGCGACGGCGUCGCCCGCGACAGGGCGCGUAUCCUUGAUUUGGGCGGCCAGUCGGCGUGCGACUGGGCCUGGCACUGCGCGCUGCAAUACCCCAACACCAAGAUCUACACGGUCACCACAAAGGUCAUCCGGCAGUUGUCCAACUCCAAUAUUCGAGGCCCCUCCAACCACCGCCAGGUCGCCGUCGAGCGCCUCACCCGCUUGCCCUUCAAGGACGACCAGUUCGAUCUCAUCUCGGCGCGCGAGCUGCACACCACCCUCAAGUUCGUUGGCGAGAACGGCGAGGACGAGUGGGAAACGUGUCUGAAAGAGUGCCUGCGUGUGCUCAAGCCGGGCGGCUACCUCGAGUUCUCAGUCCUGGACUCGGACAUCAUGAACGCGGGACCAUUGGGCCUUGCCAAGAGCGUCGAGUUCGGCUUCGACCUCAAGACGCUGGGGUAUGACCCCAAUCCGACAAAACUGUUCCUCGGCCGCCUCUCGCGCGCGGGGUUCGACGAUGUGCGCCGCGCGUGGGUGUGUCUGCCCAUGGGCGCCCGCUCGCCAUCCCAACAAGAAAAACCCUUGCCUUCACUGCCCGUCUUCCGGCCCAACCCGACGGGUGAGGAGGUCAGGACAGUGGCGAUGGAGGCCAUGGUCACCGGCAGCACGGACGGCGUCGCCAAUAUCACGGGCGUUGUCGGCGGCUGGAGCUGGGAGCGCUGGCUGCUGCGGUGCGAGAUGGAGAAGGUCAGCGGUGAACUGCGCCUCGCAGAUACAGUUACGGCUGGGCCCGCGAUGAGAGAGGCCGGCAAGAGCCUCGAGGGUGUCGCUGCCAUUGUCGAAGAGGGGCGUGCUUGUGGCGCCGGGUGGAGGAUGUUGAAUGGGUAUGCGAGGAAACCCAAGACCGGCACGGGGCUCAUCCCUGUCGGCUUCGAGAUUUGA